AUGUUACCACGUUUACAAAGAUCAAGUCCUCAACUUCAAUUUGUUUCAGAAGAAAGUAAUUUUGGCAGUAAAUUAGCACCAACCAUGUCUAAACAGAAUCCUACAAAUGAAUCACAAUCACAAAUGACUUCUCAAAAAUAUCCCACCUGUCUACAUAACAAUAAUAAUAAUAACAGUGGUACUGUUCAACAAACACAAAUCACAUCUAAUUCACCCGAGAUUCAUUUCAGUCAUGAUCAACGAGUUGUGACAUUUGGUACAAAACCAAAUACUACUAAUACUACCAGUAAUUUAUCAGUUGUGCCAAGCAGUGAGGAUGAUGAAUGGGAUUCGGAGACGGAAGAUUUAAAUAUUGUUGCAGCUGAAAUUAAUAAAUCUCAACAAUUAACACCGGGAUCAUCAAAUAAACUAACAAAUCCACUAAAACCCAUUACAUCCUAUUAUAAAUCAAAUCACAGUAUCAAUAAUAGUUCUAUGCAACAGAAACACAACAGUCCUCAAGGAGUAAAAUUCACUUCAUAUAAAAAUGCAAAUUUAAAAACUGGUUAG